AUGGACUCACUGCCUGAUGCUCUUAUCCAAUAUAUUUUGUCACACACAAGGAACGAAGAUGUGGCAUCAUUUACGUGCGUUUCCAAGCGAUGGAAAGAGACAAUGCCUUAUCUUCGGAGCCUUUACUUCCCUCGCAACCUCAAUGAAAGCCUCAAGGGCGGCAGUAGAAGUCCAGACGACAUCGUGACCCAAAUGGUCUCAUUAAUUUUUCAAUUGGAAGAACUGGUAGUGUAUUGCCCCUUCAGUAGUGAUGGCCUUGCUUCAUGGCUAUCACUCCAAGGAACUUCUCUCAGGUUCCUUGAGCUCCGAAUGGACAAUCUCGUUGAAGAGCAGAACUCUCUCGAUGACACCUCCAAAUUGGAUUGCAUUCAAGCUGCAUGGAAGUUGGAGUCGCUGAAACUCUGGGGCGUCCUUAUGACCCACACCCCCAAGUGGAGUAAGUUUCCCAAACUUCGCAAUCUUGAAAUAGUUGGCGCUCGAUUGGAUGACUCUGCCCUAUCUGCUGCGCUUCAGGCAUGCCCCGACCUGACCAACCUAUCGCUGCUUGCAUGCGAGGGGUUGAGGUCUGUUUCAAUUGAGCUUCCAUGGCUAGAGCAAUGCAAACUUGACUUCUAUGGCGUGGGUAACUGCUCCAUUUCUCUGGUUUCUCCGAAGCUUGAAUUACUAGAGGUGCAAGGGUGUAGUUGGAUUAGGGUUCAUGAGACCCAAUGUUUAAGGAAUCUUUCCAUUGCCAAUAAUUCUGGGAGAGUCUACAUGGUUGAUUUUGGGAAACUUGUAGCUCUUGAAUCUUUGUCCAUCAGAGGUGUCCAGUGGUGUUGGGAUGCAAUAAGCAAAAUGCUCCAAUUGGCAAGUGAUGUGAAGCAUCUAUACAUGAAGGUGGAAUUCACUGGGGAUUUUGAAGCCCUUCUCCCCUUUCCAGAGAUUGACUUCGUUGAGUUCUUUAACAGCCAUGCCAGGCUGCAAAAAUUCGACAUGCAUGGCGCCAUGUUUGCUGCUCUUUGCCAGAGGAACAGCUUGAAAAAUGUGGAUUCAAGAUUUGUGAUUCCUUGUCUUGAGGAGGCAGUUAUCACAGUUAGGUCGCCUUUGAAUGCUGAACAGAAAAUGAACACCCUUGAAUCACUGAUCAAGUAUGGUAAGAAUUUGAAGAAGAUGACAAUAAGAAUCCUUGAUAUGAAGAGCAGCCAUAGCAGUGCUGAUGACUUCUUCCAGGAGAUAUGCAGGUUCAGUUGCCUGAACCGCAAGAUUGUUUCAAUAGAAUAAAAGCUCAAGGAGCAAUUUCUCAUAACCCAGAUCAGAUCUCAUGAAAAUCACUGUGCUUCCCUAAUCAACCUGUUAGUUACUUCCAUUCUGGACAAUUCUUCAAUCAUUUUUUCCAAAAUUAUGCAUGCUAACCAUCUUUCAAUA